AUGGGUAUCAUCAGUCAACCUUCGUCACAGAUAAAGCUGACCAAUGUGUCAUUGGUCAGAAUGAAAAAGGGAAAGAAGAGGUUUGAGAUUGCGUGCUACCAGAACAAAGUCCAAGACUACAGAACUGGAGUCGAGAAAGAUCUCGACGAGGUGCUUCAAAUUCCCCAGGUGUUUGUUAAUGUUUCAAAAGGUCUGAUAGCUCCACAGGAUGAUUUGCAGAAGAGUUUCGGCCAUACUGACCAAGACAAAAUCAUCCAAGAGAUCCUCAAAAAGGGAGAAAUUCAGUUAAACGAAAGAGAAAGAAAUGCCAAACAGGAACAAGAUGUUAAUGAGAUUCUCCAAAUAAUAAGCUCCAAGUGCGUGAAUCCCAAAAAUAAGAAGAGGUACACCACCACAAUGAUAGCCAAGGCUCUUGCCGAGCUCAAGUUCAAUCUGAAUGGAAACAAACCAACAAAGAUACGGGCCCUCGAAGCCAUAAAGCUACUCACACAGAAACAGAUCAUUCCUUUGGCAAGAGCCAAGAUGAAGCUGAGAAUCACGCUUCCGUCCAAGGACGCUAAAGGUGAGCUAGGUCAAACUCUGAGGAAGCUCAUAGACACAGUGAUUGACGAAUUCCAGGAUUCCGAAUGGGAGUGUGUCUGUCUGAUCGAGCCCGAGUCUUACCGCGAAAUAGGCGAGCAUCUGAAUGGGAAAAACAAAAAGCCCGUUGGUAAUGUGGAGGUGUUAGACAUGGCUGUUAUCGAUGAAGAUGGUGAUCAGAACAUAUAG